AUGGCUCUCCACAGCUACCUGUUCUUUUCCCCUCCAAAUUCGUCUUCUGCCUUACAAUUUCACGUGAAUUCCUUUACUUCUUUCUCUAGUAAUUCUUUUGCCUCUCCCUGGAGGAAUGUCUUUACUUCUCCCUGUAGGAAUUCUUUUACUUCUUUCUGCAGGAAUUUAUUUACUUAUUUCUGUAGGAAUUCUUUUACUUUUUCUGUAGUAAUUUCUUUACUUCUUUCUGCAGGAAGUCCUUUACUUCUUUCUGUAGGAAUUCUUUUACUACUUUCUGCAGGAAUUUCUUUAAUUAUUUCAGAAGGAAUUCGUUUACUUCUUUUUGUAGGAAUGUCUUUACUUCUUGCUGUUGGAAUUCCUUUACUUCUUUCUGCAGAAAUUCCUUUAAUUUUCUUUCUGUGUCUUCUAUCAUCAUUCUAUGACCUUUCUGUCUUGUUGAUAUUGCUUCCUAAUGCUCUCACAUCAGUAAGUUUACUGGUUUCAAACAAUAACUAA